AUGGAGCAUCACUUACAUACCGACGUGGUGCCCGGCACCGUGCACUUGGUCGAUCUAGCCGGUAACUUGAGGGUCAAACAUCAAGAGGGCGGCGACAAGGAGAUUGUCCUCUUGCCUCAACCCACUUCCGAAUACGACGACCCUCUCAACUGGAGCAAGAGGCGCAAGUUGCUCUGCGCGCUUGUCUGCCUUCUCGCCGUCUUCUCGGCCGACCUCAUGACCACCUUGCUGUCGGCCGCGCUGCUCGACAUCGAGACCGACACCGGCAUCCCCUUGGCCACCCUCAACCAGGGCGUGGGGGUCCAGUAUCUCAUGUUCGGCUGGAGUAAUCUGCUGUGGCAGCCUCUCGGCCUGAACAUUGGCCGUCGACCUGUUCUACUGCUCGGUGCUCUGGGCAUGCUGGCCUGCUCCGUCUGGACAUCAUAUGUCACCUCUUCCGGCGAGUGGUACGCCAACCGAUUCCUGAUCGGGUUCUUCUACGGGCCGAUCGAGACGCUCAUCGAGGUCUGCAUCUCCGACGUCUUUUUUGCCCACGACCGAGGGUUCUGGGUGGGCAUGUACUGCUGGAUGCUGUUUGGCAUCCCGUUCAUUGGCGCCGUGCCCGCUGGGUUCGUGGCGGAAAAUCUGGGCUGGAAAUGGAUCCAGUUCAUUGCUUCCAUCAUCUCGGCCGGCUGUAUUGUCACCAUGUUCUUCUUGUUGGAGGAGAGCAUGUUCUACCGACCCCAAGCCCAGGAAGAAGCCAUCGAUUUCGACCAAGACGUGAGCGAGACCGACCAAGCAUCGACCAAGACUCCUCCUAUGGGCGUGGACGAGAAACGCACUGCCCCGUUGCCCACCCAGACCGAGGUCGGACAGAUGACGACCCGGAAAACAUACUUGCAGAAGCUGAAGUUCUGGGGCGCCCGUCGACCCGGCCAGCCCAACCAUUUCGUCCGCUCGGUCUGGAUGCCGUUUGCGCUGUUGCGCUUCCCGGUCGUGGCGUUUGCCGGCGUCCUGGUCGGCUCCAUCCUGUCUUGGUUCAACGUGGUCAACGCCACCAUCGCCCUCGUCCUCGCCGCUCCGCCCUACAACUUCUCCACCGAGAUGAUCGGGGUCAUGUUCAUCGCGCCCUUCAUCGGUUGCACCCUGGGCUGCCUCUUUGCCGGGGUGUCAGCCAACCGGUUCGCCGUGUGGAUGGCACGCAAGAAAGGCGGCAUCUUCGAGCCCGAAUACCGUCUGUGGAUGGCGGUGGUGCCCGUGAUCCUGCAUCCCGCCGGCUGCAUCCUGUUCGGCGUGGGCGCUCACCACGGCGUGCACUGGAUGGGGCUGGCGUUUGGCCUGGCCUUCAUCGUCGGCACCUUUCCCAUCGGCAGCGCCAUUGCCAUCAACUACAUCAUCGACUCGUACCGCGAAAUCUCGGGCGACGGGCUGGUGACCAUGAUCUGCAUCCGAAACUCAAUGGGCUUUGGCUUCAGCUACGCCGUGACCCCGUGGAUCACGGCCUCGGGCGUGCAGAACACCUAUAUUGCCAUCGGCUUCAUCGGCAUGUUCUUCUGGGGUCUUUGUUUCCUGUUCAUCGCCGUGGGCAAGAAGUCUCGCAAGGCCGCCGCCAAGGACUUUUGGACCAUGAUCGACAAGCAUGGGUUGACUGCUCACUAG